AUUUCACUUUACAUUAGCAGCUCACAGGCGACAACCGAUCUGUCUGUGACAGUUAUGUUAAUUAAAUAUUCUACAACGUUUUCUGAAUGGAAUUAUUUCUCAGGCAAAAUAAAUAAUGCGGCAUGUUGUAGGCUACUUUUUCUCCUUGGAGCUCAUCUGGCCUGUGCUAGAACACACUCUAUGAGGUACUUCUACACUGGUGUUUCUGGAAUCAGUGACUUCCCAGAGUUCACUGCAGUUGCUCUGGUCGAUGAUGAGCAGUUUAUGUACUUUGACAGCAACACAAAGAAAGCUGUGCCAAAGACAGAGUGGAUCAGACAGAAUGAGGGAGAAGACUACUGGAACGGAGAGACUAAGAUUUUCACUGGCACAUAUCCAGCCUUUAAAAUCAACAUCCAGAACCUAAAGAAACUGUUCAACCAGUCAGCAGGAGUUCACACAUGGCAGCAGAUGUGUGGCUGUGAGCUGGAUGAUGAUGGCACCAAACUAGGAUACUGGCAGUAUGGUUAUGAUGGAGAGGACUUCCUCAGUCUGGAUAAGAGCACCCUCACCUGGACUGCUGCUAGUCCUCAAGCUGUCCUUACCAAACAUAAAUGGGAGGUUAACAGAGCUAUAAUAGAACAACAGAAAGCAUAUCUGGAGAACACAUGUAUUGAGUGGCUGCAGAAGUAUGUGAGAUAUGGGAAGGAAACUCUGGAGAGAAAAGUCGCUCCUCAGGUGUCUCUGCUGCAGAAGUCUUCCUCGACUUCAGUCAAAUGUCAUGCUACAGGUUUUUACCCCAGUGGAGUAACAAUCUCCUGGCAGAAAAAUGGACAAGAGCAUCAUGAGGAUGUGUAUCUUGCUGAACUUCUUCCCAAUGAGGACGGGACCUUUCAGAGGACGAGUACCAUCAAAGUUUCACCUGAGGAGCUGAAGAAGAACCAGUUCAGCUGUGUGGUGGAGCAUCAGGGUGAAACCUUCAGAAGCAUUUUGAAAGGUGCUUCUGUCCCCAUCGGCUUCAUUCUUGCUGCUGUUGUUGGUGUCUUCCUGUUGAUUGUCACUGCUGUUGCUGGAUAUAAGGUCUAUCAGAAAAAUCUGAAAAAUAAUUGUGAGAGAAACUCAUCAGAAAAUGAAAGGCUUUAAACCUUUCAAUGCAUCUGAUGACGGUUCAAAUGGCUCAAAUCCAUCUGCAGUAUGUAUGCAGUCUGUGUGCGUUUCUUAUGUGGUGCAGAAGCAGCACAGACUCAUACUCAUUGUGCUUUCACACAGGACGCGUUUGCAGUCCGCUAUUCGGUACGUCAACGAUCGCUGCACUUCUACAGACGCAACGCUCCUGGAACGCACUGAUGGACCGCAACCGCGUGAACGCUGGAAUCCAUUAACAUGGGUGUAUAAAAUAACACAAAAAGCUUACGCACUGCAGACAGAGUAUGUGUGAAGCAGGUUGUUUGCACCUUCGUUUACAGCUUUAUCAAGCACUUUGUGAUGCAUUUUGGAAACAGGAGAUGAGCCCCUGGUCUAAUGCACCGUCUGUCUUGAGAAACCCGUUCUCAAAGACUUAACGUUACUUUUAAUCAUUAUUUUAUUUGGGUAGCACAAAUAUUCUGAAUGCUUUCGGCAGAAUUCAAAUGAGCCAUUUUAAACUAGAUUAAUUCCAAGAUUACAUCGAUAUUAAUCUAGAUUAAAAAAAAUUACUCUAUUCCCACCACUCGUUUCAUCACACUUUAUGUUCAUCUUUAGUUUUUUUUUAACUGGAUGAAUUUGUUCAUUUUGGGAUGACAUGUUGAUCUCAGAACUUAAUUGUAAAAUGUAUAUAAAUUGUAAAUAAAUUGUUAAUUGUAA